GGACAUCAACAUCCACCAACACAACACACAGCACACAGGACUUGGCAUCAUGAAGUGGAGAAGGAAGACAGCAAAGUGGAGUUCAAGUGUCCGCACUGUCCCACACGAACUUUUGUGACGCAGGACGGCUAUAAUAACCACGUGUCCAGCAUGCACGAGGGAGUGAAGCCGUACGCCUGUGCCACCUGUGGAAAGCGCUUUGCCUACCAACACAGCCUGCGCAACCACUACGCCCUGCAUGAGCCACCCAAGGAGGAGCGUGAGUACCCGUGUCCAACAUGCGGCAAAGUGUUCACCCAUCCCAGCUCCCUCAUCUACCACCGGGACUCCUCACACAACAACGGGCGUGUGUUCGUGUGCCACCUGUGCAACUCGACCUUCAAGCACAAGCAGUUACUCCAGAGGCAUUAUAGUGUUCACUCUGAGGAGAGGCCCUACGUGUGUGAGGUCUGCAACACAGCCUUCAAGACACGGGGCAAUUUGUACAACCACAUGAACACUCACACGGGUCUCAAGAAGUUCACCUGCGAGAUCUGUGGCAAACAGUUCAACCACCUCACCUCUCUCACCCUCCACGUCCGCUCCCACACCGGUGAGAAGCCAUUUAGCUGCAACUACUGUGGGAAGAGAUUCACCCAAAAUGGUAACCUUCAAGAACACAUCCGCAUCCACACAGGAGAGAAGCCCUACUGCUGUGAGACGUGCGGCAAGAAGUUCACCACCUCCUCCCAGUUUAAGCUGCACAUGAGGAGGCACACUGGUGAGAAGCCAUUCAGCUGUACCAUCUGCAACAAGUCCUUCCUGAAUCGAGAGGCGUGGCGUGCUCACCUCAGGAAGCACAACGGAGAGAAGCCGUACGUGUGUAAUGUGUGCACCAAGAGCUUCAGCGAACUAUACACACUCAAGAAGCACGUCCGUAUGCACACUGGAGAGAAACCGUACAUGUGUAAUAUUUGCGGCAAGGCUUUCAGCGAUGCCUCAAACCUCCACAAGCACCGCCGAGGCCACAGAGAGGACGAAGCUUGGCUCCUGCAACCCACAGGCACCUUCGAGACAACUCAAGGCGACCAACGCAUCAUCUACAUCCUCUCGGACAAAGACGACAGUGAUGCACUCCGAGCCCUACAAGCUGUGGAGGCUGAGAUCACCGAGGACUCGCAGCACCAGACACACCACCUUGACAACCUCCCGGAAGGCGCCACACAGAUGCUGCAGCUCAACACUGAAGGAUUCACUCUCGGCCCCUACAAUCAACCCUCUGCUGUCACCUCCGCCACAGCUUCCGUCUCAGUCUCCUCCUCCUCCACGUCCUCCUCCGCCCCCUCCUCCUCGACUGUCAUGCUGCAGGAAGGCUCCACUAAUUCCUCCGAUAGACAGAUGCAGAUCUUCGCUAAUGAGGAGGGGCAGUCGGUCAUUCCUGUCAUCAACUCAUCAGGGGAGACGAUAGGGGAGGUGCAGGGACACUUCCUUUCUGGGCAUCCAGACAACAGCACACUUGGCUCCAUCGCAUCAGGGGGAAACACACUUGAGAUAACACUGAAGGAUGGGCAGCCACUCAGCCUUGUCAUACCAGAGGGCGAGGACCCCACACUCUAUGUACAGAGGGCGCUGGAGUCUGCCGUCAUGACCCAGCAGCAGUCACAGCACCAGGGCAGCACACGCACACCUCAGACUGGCUCAAGGUCAUCUGUGGCAAGUGUGUCUGGAGCUUUAGCAAUGUCAAAUGUGCCCUCUGGAUCUCAGCACUCGACGUAAUUGUGUGUGUGUGUGUGUGUGUGUAUAACCGAGUGAAUUUCUCGUCCAAAAACCAAGUUGAAAAUAUAUAGACCAAUGUUCUCCUUUAUAUUCCAAGAUUACUUAUGGCUACAAAAGUGGGAGACAUUCUUAAGUCAUCCAAAAAUGUAUAAUGGAAAAUAAGAACGUUAAAUGAAGCGACCAAUGAUAGACCAAUGAUAAACUGUUUCUCUGUGAUAACUCCACAAGAAAGCAAAGUAACUGGUAUGCAAUAAAUGGAAGAUUUGUGUGACUGUUUCUUCUUUCUUUUUUUGUGGAAAACAUUCUGUACAACAUGGCAUCAGUUUUUUUGGGUAGCUGUACACUCUUCCUCCUAACACAAAACCUGUACUAGUGUCUCCAGGAAUCUCAAAAGCAGUGCUAUCUAGAGGAAGUUGCUGGAUGACAAUGAACCAAAAUGAAUAUUAUAAAAGUUCCUCCUCUUUUGUAAUGCAGAGUUAGAAAAAUGUAGGUGAUUUAGGUAAUUUCAAGCCAGUCAGAUUAUGGUUACAAAGAAAGGGAUAGAGCUAUUUAUAAGGAAUAUAACCAAAUGUAUUUAAAUAGUUAUUAGUUCCUAUUGGUUUCAUAUUGUUAAGUUCAGAUGGAGUAAAUCUUAUAUAAAAGUAAAAUCUCA